GACUUACAGAAAAACAAAUGCUUUCAAAAGGUAGCGACGGAUGGCUUUAAGUGUGUGGACGCUAUCGACUCGAACUUCGAUGCGACUAAACUGGACACCGAUGUGGGCAUCAAAGACAUUACGGAAAGGUGUUGCGCCCUAUCCGUUAUGUACGACUGUUUCGUGAGCACCGGAAAGAAAUCAUGCACUGCUAGUGGAGAUGAUUAUAAGCAAAUGAUUGGUUACCUGGAUACUUUAAAGGAGGAGGAAAACAAAGGUGAAUGCAAGGAGCACCCGUAUAAGGCCGGUCAAACCAAAUGUAAAUAAAUAAUACCGGGA